AUGGCAAAUAACAAGACACUAUGUUUUACAUGUAAUAAAGAUAAAAUAACAUAUCCUUGUGAAGGAUGUUCACAAAGAUUUUGUUUAAUACAUUUAACAGAACAUCGUCAAAUAUUAACUAAUGAACUACAUCAUAUAACCAAUGAAUAUAAUGAAUUUAAACAAAGAAUUAAUGAACAAAAACAAAAUCCACAGAAUCAUCCAUUACUGAAUCAAAUUAACCAUUGGGAAACAAAAUCAAUUGAAAAAAUUCAAGAAAAAGCACAAGAAUACAGAGAAAUCCUCAUUAAAUCAUCACAAACAUCUAUUAAUGAUAUAGAAAUAAAAUAUAAUGAUUUACGUGAACAAAUAAAACAAAUUCAUCACGAAAAUCAAUUAAAUGAAUUUAAUGAAAUUAAUUUAAAUUAUCUAAGAAAUCAAUUAAGAAAAAUUACAGAAGAACUAAAUAAUCCAUCAAUUGUGUCUAUUCAACAAAAUUCACAAUCGCUCAUUAAUGACAUUUCAAUCAUUUUAUCGAAAAAACCAACAUUCAAUAAAUGGAAACAAAUUGCCAUCACUGUGGCUGGUGGAAAUAAACAAGGACAAGAAUUAAAUCAACUCAGUCGUCCUACAGGAAUCUUUAUUGAUAAAAACAAAAAUGUUUUCAUUGCUGAUAGUCAUAAUCAUCGUAUUGUUGAAUGGAAAUGUAAUGCUAAAGAAGGACAAAUCAUUGCAGGUAGAAAUGGGCAAGGAAAUCGAAUGAAUCAAUUGAAUCAUCCAACAGAUGUAAUUGUUGAUCAACAAAAUCAUUCGAUCAUUAUUGCUGAUUGUAAGAAUAGACGAGUGAUUCGAUGGUUGAACCAAAAUCAACAAAUCUUAAUUGACAAUAUUGACUGUUUCGGUUUGGUAGUGGAUAAACAUGGAUUUCUUUAUGUUUCAGAUUGUGAGAAGAAUGAAGUGAGACGAUGGAAAAUCGGAGAAUACAACAACGAAGGAAUUGUAGUAGCAGGUGGAAAUGGACAAGGAAAUCUACUCAAUCAACUUAAUUAUCCUACUUCUAUCUUUGUUAAUGAAAAUCAAUCUGUUUAUGUAUCAGAUUUGAACAAUCAUCGUGUAAUGAAAUGGAAAAAAGGUGCAAAAGAAGGAAUAGUUGUGGCUGGAGGAAAUGGUCAAGGAGAAAACCUCAACCAGUUAUCUUUACCUCAAAGAGUAAUUGUUGAUGAUUUUGGUCAAAUCUAUGUGGCAGAUUAUGGCAAUCAUCGAAUAAUGCGUUCGUGUGAAGGAAAAGAAGAAGGUGAAAUUGUUGUCGGUGGAAAUGGUGAAGGAAAUCAACCAAAUCAAUUAAAUAAUCCCAGUGGUUUAUCUUUUGAUAAUGAAGGAAAUCUUUUAUCACAUAAACUUUCAUCAUCAAAAGUUCAAGCUGAUCUACGUUCAUUAACAAUAUUUUCUUUAACGAAAACAGAAAAUCCAGUAUGUUCAUCUAUUUUAUCAUUAGCAAAUUAA